CUCCGUCAUCUUCUCCACCAACACUGGCGUCACCAUGUCCUCCACCACACCAGCUUCAACAGACUCGUCCUCCCUUCUAGCUCGUCUGCAUCCCUCACACUACCUAUCUACCCACUUGUCCCACUCUUCCCGCCCCUCUUCCUCCCGCUCCCCGCUUGACUUCCCGGAUGUAGACCUCAACCUCGGACCCAUUGCCUCGUCCUCAUCCUCCAACAGACCAGAAUGGAUCCCCUCUCCUUCGGCUCUUGCUCGUGUAGGGUCGACGACGGUCAUCUGCAGCAUCACGCCUAGCAUUGUCUACCCGCCGCAGAUGUCUACUCCUUCCUCAAGCCAGGCGAGUUCCACAGUGGUGCCUUCCAUCAACCUUACCCCCCUCUCCUCGCCUUCGGCGGACUUUCAGAGCGGAGCGCCUUCCAAUUUUGCGCAAUGCACUACUGAGCGACUGUACGAGUUCUUGGACUCGAGCCUGCCCUUUGAGCCCGAACUGCUGCAUAUACCGACGGAGGGAGGAGAGGCAGCAGGGGCAGGUGUAGAGGAGGCCAAGAGGGGACCGCCGAGAGCGAAGUGGUGCUUGUUCGCUGAUUGUACGGUCGUGGGGUAUGAUGGUGCGUUGCUGGAGACGGCAAUGCUUGCUAUUACGGCGGCUUUGAGGCAACUUUGGCUCCCCAAGUCCGUCUUUUCACUCGACGAGAACGUCGUCAUCGCUUCACCCGCGGACUACUGGUCUCUCUCGGCACACAUGGACUCGCUGCCUCUCGCCUUCUCCUUCGCCAUCUACGACGAACAGCUCCUGGCUUGUCCCUCAUCCUUCGAGGCGGAUCUAGCCCAGAGCAGUAUGGCGAUGUGUUUGAGCGCUGAGAAGGCAAAGGAGAGGAAAGCGUCAAGAAGUGGCAAGAGGGAAGAUACAGGCGACGAGUGGUCACUCUGCGCCAUGCACUCGACGGGUCCACUACGAGCUACGAAUGUCGCCUUGUCACCGGGCAAGGGCAAGCCACUGGGCGACGAGGAGCUCAUUGCGAGAUGUCUGGCAUUAGCAUCUGCGAGGGCAGGGCAGAUUGCAGCUACGCUCCGAGCGAAAGAGGCGGACGUUGAGUCGGCGAUGCAGAAGGCUAGAGGAGCGCAGCAAUGAGAUAUAGACUGAUGAUAUUGCAAGGCAUACAUCGCAAUAAAGCGACUCCCCUACUCCACCGGUUGAAAUUGGCUCGGAUCAUUGUUGUACGCCAUCUCAUCCAGCGCAACCACACAACUCUCCCUGACUACCCGAGGCGCCUGCAUAUCCUCAGCCCAGCGCUUGAGCUCCUUCAUGACCUGCUCCGUCAAACUCUCCCCUUUGCCUUCCCCUUCUUCCCCGUCUUCCACCACAGCUCCCAAAGCCUCAGCAGCCUCGUGGCGCACCAUCUCGUGCUCCUUGUCAUCGCUCAGUACGCGCAGCAUGGCCGGUACGCAGGC